UCUUAUUGGACCUAAAUGAUAUUUACCAUCGAGAAUUUUAAGAUUAAAACCUCAAAAAAAUAUCUAUGUUAGUAGUCUCCGGUUUGAAGUUUCGUUUUGGUUGGUAGCUAAAUCUGCCGCUAAAUUACAAAGCACGAGCUGCAGCCGUUACAAUUCCCGUUUCUUCUCCGUUUCCGGGAUGGCGAACGUUGUUAAAUUUGACAGAGAUUAUCACGUCCCCGACCCAUACCGCCGCGGGAAGAUCGGAUGGUUCCUCACGAAUUUCACCAAGUUUACCGUCGAUUCCGCCGUCAACGUCUCUUUCAAAGGCGUCGUUGGCGGAAGGAAAUUGUAUAAGAUUUUGCAGGAAGGGUUCAAGAAUCAACCCCCUCCAUGCUCACUAAAUGAGAGAACAAACUUGCACGAUAUCGAAUCAGUGGAGGAGAUGCAAGCAAAGAUGGAAGAAAUGCAGGAAGACAUGAAUAUUGUGAAGCAACAAAAUAAGGCAUCAGCCAAACUUUCAGAACCUCCAAAGCCUCAGAAGAAGAUACCUAAUGAAGACAUCAAGGGAUCAGAUCUUUUGAGAACCAAAGAGAAAAGAGUCUUCAUUCGCUCCAGGCUUUAGAAAUAAAUGUUCAUUUCACAAACCUUAGCUCCCACGAAAUAUGAAAUAUUACUAUCUUAAUUAGAAAUUUAGUUGUGUAGUUGGAGUUUUAAGCGUAAAUAAAUGAUAAUAUUUGAACAAUGGCUUUCGAUGAAGCCCUACUUGUAUCCUGCUUAGCUAUCUUUCUUCAGCUUGCU